GACUGCCCUCACUUAAGUCACUUAGCCAAAAACACAUGCAUUGAAUUUCUGCUCAGUCUCUGCCAAUGAGUGACCUGUAUCAUCAAGACCUGUAUCAUCAAUUUACCCUUACCUAUAGCUCCUUUUAGGUCUGCGACAUUGAAAAUAUUUUGAGAAUUUGGCUACAAAGUGCACCUGCAAAUGAUGUCUGCGCAAGUUGCAUCUUGUUUUUACUUUCUUUUUGUGUGUUCUUAAAGUAAACAUGCUUAGACUCAUUUGCUGCCUCCGUUUGGACUUAAUUCCACUAAUACAAGAUAAGCUGCCCUCUUUUAGGAUGUGUGUCAUGUACUUUUGGUCGAGGCUCCAAGACUGUUGCUGCUCAGGAGGCUGAGGUCCUUUGGGUUGCAGGGAAGGCUCCUGAGGACUUACUAUGACUCUGUGGUGGCAUCUGCGAUUUUUCUAUGGAGUUGUCUCCUGUGCAGGCAGCAUUAGGGACAGGGACAGAAAGAGGCUGAGGAAACCGGUUAAAAGGGCCAGCUCGGUCCUGGCCUUCUCUCUAGACUCAGUGGAGGGGGUUGGAGACAGGAGGACAGGAGGAAAGCCAAGCUUUCAUCCAUGAUGGCCAACCUAUCUCAUCCCCCUCACCCCGUCCACUUUGACAGCACUGGGCUGCACCUUCAGUGGCAGAUUGAUCCAUCCUCGCUGCAUGAAGGAGCGAUUUCCUGCUGUCAGGGUUCCAGGUUGGUGAGAGAGCAAGUUAACCAAAAGGGCACCGCCUGGGGCAUCGAGUCCCUGGCUCUCAAGUAAGGAAGGGGUAGGGCUUGGCGAACUGUUGCGCAUCAUGGAGAAAGAAGACCUUAAGAUCCUCAACAAAGGGGAGGAGGAGGAGAUGGAGCUUCAGGGCUACAGGCUGUGCCGUUGGCGGCUUGCCCUUGUGGGCCUGGGAGUGGUCUGCACUGGUGGCUUCCUCCUGCUGCUGCUCUACUGGAUGCCAAAGUGGUGCGUCAAAUCAACCUGCUCCCGCACCACAGCCCGUGAUGCUGAAGUAGUGUUGCUGCGUUCUACAGAUGAGUUCCGUCGCUGGUUCUUGGCAAAAGUUCGAGUGAUGCUAGCCCCUGGAAGAAACCCCUUCCACAGCCUGGAGACCCAGACCACCUCCCCCUCCCCCGCCUCUACCCCUUCCGACUCCUUUUCCUCUUCUGCCUCGCCAUCUUUGGCCAACGGACACGCCUCCCACCCCUCCAAUGGCAGCCCUGCUCAGGAGCUCAUUAAAAGAUUUGCAGAAUACCAGCCAACCCAAAUUCGGUAUUUCACCUUCCAUAGCACAAAGUAUUACUGGAAUGACAGCAUGCAAAAUUUUGAAGUUUUAAAUGGUCUGGAGGACCUGCAGGUCAGCUGCUCCACCAUCCAUUCAGAGCACAGCACAGGUCUUUCUCAGAGCCAGCAAGAGUACAGGAAACUGUUCUUUGGAGUGAAUGAAAUUGGAGUGAAAGUGCCUUCUGUUUUCAAGCUGCUUAUAAAAGAGGUCCUCAAUCCUUUCUAUAUCUUCCAACUCUUCAGUGUGAUUCUGUGGAGUGCAGACGAGUAUUAUUACUAUGCUGCGGCCAUCGUCAUCAUGUCAGUCAUAUCCAUAGCUACCUCUCUAUACACCAUCAAAAAGCAAUACGUCAUGCUUCACGACAUGGUGUCAGCACACAGCAUUGUCAGAGUGUCUGUUUGCCGCGCCAACAAAGACAUCGAGGAGGUUUUAUCUACUGACCUGGUCCCUGGUGAUGUCAUCAUUAUCCCCAGCAACGGGACCAUCAUGCCUUGUGAUGCUGUGCUGGUCAGCGGCACCUGUAUUGUCAACGAAAGCAUGCUCACAGGUGAGAGUGUACCUGUAACAAAAACCAACCUCCCAAACCUCACGCCUGCGGGGGAUGGGCCUGAUUGUGCCUAUAGCACAGAAGUGCAUAAAAGACACACACUCUUCUGUGGCACCAAUGUGAUCCAGACCCGGUUUUACACAGGUGAACUGGUCAAGGCUGUAGUUGUCCGCACAGGUUUCUGCACAGCCAAAGGUCAGCUCGUGCGCUCCAUACUGUACCCGAAACCCACUGAUUUCAAGCUGUACCGAGAUGCCUACCUCUUUUUGUUGUGUCUGGUUGCUGUGGCUGGAAUUGGGUUUGUUUACUCCAUUGUCCUGAGCAUCAUGGAAAAGGUCCCAGCGAAGACCAUCAUCAUUGAGUCGCUUGAUAUCAUCACCAUCACUGUGCCACCAGCGUUGCCAGCAGCCAUGACAGCUGGCAUUGUGUAUGCCCAACGGCGUCUCAAGCACAUAGGCAUUUUCUGCAUCAGCCCGCAAAGAAUUAAUAUCUGCGGGCAGAUCAAUCUUGUCUGCUUCGAUAAGACUGGAACUCUAACUGAAGAUGGUUUGGAUCUAUGGGGUGUCCAAAGAGUUGAAAAUGGCAGUUUUCUCAUGUCAGAGGAAAAUGCGUACAAGAAGAACCUCGUCAAGUCCCAGUUUGUGGCCUGCAUGGCCACCUGCCACUCGCUUACCAAAAUAGAGGGGCAGCUGUCAGGAGACCCGCUGGAUCUUAAAAUGUUUGAGGCUACAGGCUGGAUUUUGGAGGAGGCUACUGAGGAAGAAACAUCCCUCCACAACCGCAUUAUGCCCACUGUGGUUCAACCACCGAAGCAGCUGUUGCCACCAGAGCCUGUGGUGUCACCGGACCAGGAGAUGGAGCUGUAUGAGCUCACGUCGUCGUAUGAGAUUGGUAUUGUGCGGCAGUUCCCUUUCUCCUCUGCACUCCAGAGGAUGAGUGUGGUAGCUCGUCUUCUCGGAGAGAAACGUAUGGAUGCCUACAUGAAAGGGGCUCCAGAGGUGGUCGCAAGUCUCUGCAAGAAAGAUUCAGUGCCUGAAAACUUUGGAGAGGUUUUGGAGGAAUACACCAAGCAAGGUUUCCGUGUCAUAGCUCUGGCUCACCGUCGCCUUGAAUCUAAACUAACUUGGCACAAAGUGCAGAACAUCGGCAGAGAUCACAUUGAGGCUAACAUGGAAUUUCUUGGUCUGAUCAUCAUGCAAAACAAGCUGAAAGCAGAAACGCCUGGAGUCCUGCAAAAUCUUUACAAGGCCAACAUCCGUACAGUCAUGGUUACUGGUGACAAUAUGCUAACCGCUAUAUCAGUGGCCAGAGACUGUGGAAUGAUUCCACCCAAGGACACGGUUAUAAUUGCAGAUGCUCUGCCGCCUCAUGAUGGACAAUCUGCCAAAAUCAUCUGGAGAUACGCUGAUAAACCAAGCAAGGCUUCAGCUCUGGAGGAGAUCAACAUCAGCAUGGAAGAUGUCUGCCGCAUAGAUGAGCCCAAAACACAAGAGCUUUAUCAUUUCGCAAUGAAUGGAAAGUCUUUUGCAGUCAUUGCAGAACAUUUUCCUGACAUGCUUCAAAAGUUGGUGCUACAUGGGACAGUGUUUGCCAGGAUGGCUCCAGAUCAGAAAACACAGCUCAUUGAAGCUCUCCAAGGCGUCGACUAUUUUGUGGGCAUGUGUGGAGAUGGAGCAAAUGACUGCGGGGCCUUAAAGAGAGCUCAUAGUGGAAUAUCAUUGUCGGAGCUUGAAGCCUCUGUGGCUUCUCCUUUCACCUCUAGGACACCGAACAUCUCCUGCGUCCCCAGCCUCAUCAGGGAGGGACGUGCAGCUCUUAUCACCUCCUUCUGUGUUUUCAAAUUCAUGGCUCUGUACAGCAUCAUCCAGUACAUCAGUGUCACUCUCCUCUAUUCGAUUCAAAGCAAUCUUGGAGACUUCCAGUUUCUUUUCAUUGAUAUUGCGAUCAUCCUUCUGAUUGUUUUCACUAUGAGUUUGAAUCCAGCGUGGAAAGAACUGGUGUCACGCCGGCCUCCGUCAGGACUGAUUUCAGGACCACUUCUCUUCUCUGUGCUCAGCCAAAUCCUCAUCUGUUUGGGCUUCCAGACCAUUGCAUUUAUUUGGGUUAGACACCAGCCUUGGUACACAGUUUGGACCCCACUUUCUGAUGCCUGCAACCAGUCAUCACACAUGAACAUGUCGGACCUCAACAACACAGAACUGGACGAUCACAACAUCAAAAACUAUGAGAACACAAGCCUAUUUUAUGUGUCUUGCUUUCAAUACCUCAUUGUCGCCAUUGUCUUCUCAAAAGGAAAACCAUUUCGGCAGCCAAGCUACAAGAACUGGCCCUUUGUCCUGUCCUGUUUGACAUUGUACACUUUCUUGGUCGUCAUCAUGUUCACCCCAGUCGCAGCUAUCGACGACUUUCUUGAGGUAGUGUGCGUUCCACUUGACUGGAGGAUCAAACUUUUCUUAAUCGUGCUAGCCAAUGCUACUGUGUCUAUAUUGGUAGAGACCUUCAUCAUUGACAUCGUCUUAUGGAAGUUUGUGUUCAGCCGAGACAAACAGGGAAGCUUUGGCGACACUCCUGCUGCCCUGCCACCACAGGGAGCCAUUGAUUUGAGGGCGUACAAGUGUUUGACCAGGAUUUGUUGCUCACGCAAGAUGGCCCCCAAAGCUCGCUAUAUGCAUCUGGCUCAGGAGCUCAGCGUGGACCCAGACUGGCCACCGAAACCAACCACCACCACAGAAGCGAAACCUCACUUGGACAAAGGGUCCAACUAUCAGAUCAUGAUCGACUCCUAGCAUCUCCCACUCUUGUGUUUCUCAAUUCCAAUAUCCAGUAAAGCCUCAGCACUCUGGUCCAAAAGCAGAACCUGGCAGACAGAAGUCAUGGGACCUUAAACAAGAUCUGAAUUUGGAGAUCUUUGCUUCAGCUGGCAGCAUGUUGUUGAACAUUGAUGCAUGAUUUCAAAAGGAGUUUUCCCUGUGAUUCAACCCUGAAUUUAGCUCCAAAAGGAAGGCAUAACAGCUGAUAGCUCUCGUUAUUUGUAUUCACAUAAAUGUCUUAAACUACUCUUUUUAGAUGUCAAUGUAGAACCGCUGUCAACUUUGCACAUUCACGACUUUAAAUGAAUUUAAGGAACACAUUUAUUGUGGUGUUACAGAAUGAAUCGUAGACAGUGCUUUGUCAUUUUUUCUGCAUAAAUGGAGCAAAAUUUGCAGCAGACGUGAAGCACAAAAUCAUUCGAGGACUGAAUAGACAAACUCUAGAAAAUUCAUCACAGGAAGUAACUCCUGACAUGAUCAGCAUGCAAGACUUUUCAGUGUCACGUCUGUCGCACAUUAUUACAAAUGCAAUUGUAAAAUAUAGACUUUUUAAUGUGUAAGCAAGUCCUUGGCCUUUCCUUAGAAUAUUGGCGAGCUGAAUACAUUUCUUCCCAUGGAAGACUCUGCUCUGUAUAUUAAGACCAGGCUGAAUGCAUCUCUCUGGCUCGCUGCUCUUGGCAAAUAAUCCUUUUACAGCAUUUCUCAUAAUUAAUGGUUUAUUACUGUCUUGUCUAUGUAUGGAGGCUGAAUGUGGGCAUCAAACCUCUGCCCUUCACGGUACGUCAAAUAUGUCACAACAAACCGACAAGUGUGUGAACAAAGCUCCCAACUGUCCACUGAAUUAUUCUUGGACCUAUUUUUACAACCAGUGUAGCUACUUAUGAAGUGAUCAAUAUUCUGAGAAUUCACAACACUGUACGUUUGGUAGUAAUUUCCGUUAACAAAAGCAACUACUGCAGUAUGUCACCAUGUAUUUUUGGUUAUGCCAUUGUCAUUAAAACUUCGAAGCCAUGUCAUUAUCAAAAUGAUUGUCUAAAAAGAUCCUGUAAAUAAUAUUUUAAGAAAAUGGAGCAAGGUCUGUGUGAUUCUCUUCUUGGUUGUGCCAAUUUGCAAAAUCAGUGGACACAAAUUUCAAACAUGGAUUCUAUCUGUUUUUGUAUUUAUUUUCAGGGAUUGAUAUUUUUUUAAAUGCUGAAACUGAAUGUUAAAUACAUAGCUUGUCUCCACAUGAAAUGCAAUUGUAAUGGAUUCCAAAGAUUUAAAAAGAAAAACAUAAUCAUGUCUGUAUAAAGUAUUUGAAUAAUUGUUUAAAAGUGUAAGAGUUUAAAGUAUGUAUUUUGUUUCUGUUGUCUCGGAGUGAACUGAGGUUAUGUCAGAAUCCUCUUUAAAUGUUCUAAUGUACAUUUGUGUUUUGUAUAUAAUAGACAAACAAUCUGUUCCAAAACUGUUUUGGGUUAUCAAAGGGCUGUUUUUUUUCACAAUUUUGGUACUAUGUUGCAAUCAAUUGUCUUGUCUGCUAAUUUAUAUAUUUUUAUUGUAUUUAAUUUAGUUUUUGAAUUUGCUAUUUAGGGGGAACUUUAGGGCAUUGUGUUGGAUUUUGUCGCUAUUGAGUUUCAGAAGCUGCUCGACCGAUCACACAAAAUAAGGGAAUCUACUUGUUGCUGUUCCUUUUGGCUUCUUUACUUCCCUCAUUCAUUGCUUGUUUUUUUUUUUUUUUUUUUUA